CCAUCUCUCUCUUAUUCUAUGGUGUUGGUGCACAGACUAACAGGUUUUGUUGGUGGCACUGGUAUUUAUGUGCACACAUGUUUUCCUAACUCCAAUCGUGCAAUUUAAUUUUUGAUAAAAAAAUGGGAAAGUUCAAAAGAUAUUACGAUAAAGCGGGUGACGAAUCUACGAAAGAAACAGUCGUUUAUAAUGUGGAUCCUAAGCCUGGGCCUUGGGGGCGCAGACAGGCCGAUAAACGCAUAAAAAAGAACAAAAAAAUAGUUGUGAAAAUCCCAAAUCCGGACCCUAAGUUUAAGGGAAAAGUGCCCAUUCCGAAGAAACUCUUACGAAAGCACAGCAGAGGUAAGGGCAUUAGUCCAAAGGGAGUUAGGACAAACACGCACCAGAAACGGCUUGAAAAGAAGGAAAAAGUUAUACAUUUCGCAACGAAGCAAGCAGCCCGAGCUGAGGUCCUUUUAACCGAAGAUGCCGGUUUUCUCGAAGCGGACGCUGGCGAGACCACAACGCAAUUUACGCAAAAACAGAUCGCUGAAAGUGUCGAUAUAACAGCGGCCACCAAAAGUUUUGAAUUAAAAUUGGCCGACUUCGGGCCUUAUCGCAUGAAAUAUACUAGAAAUGGGCGCCAUUUGUUAAUUGGGGGUAAAAAGGGCCAUGUGGCCGCAUUUGAUUGGGUUACAAAAAAGUUGCAUUGCGAAAUGAACGUUAUGGAGUCGGUUCAUGACAUCAGCUGGUUGCACAUUGAAACGAUGUUUGCUGUGGCCCAGAAAGAGUGGGUCUACAUCUACGAUAACCAAGGGAUUGAACUGCACUGUGUGAAAAGACUAAACCGAGUCACAAGAAUGGAGUUUUUGCCUUAUCAUUUCUUGCUAGCUUCUUGUAGUGAUAGUGGUUAUUUGAGUUGGUUGGAUAUUUCAAUAGGUCAGUUGGUGUCUCAGUUUAACACAAAUCUAGGGAGACUGACAAUGUUGAGUCAGAACCCUUGGAACGCUGUUUUAUGUGUGGGGCAUGCCAAAGGUGUGGUAUCCAUGUGGUCCCCAAACUCCAAAACCCCUUUAGCUAAAAUGCUGUGUCAUAAAGCCCCACUUACCGCCCUCCAUGUGGACCCUAAAGGACAGUUUCUUGCAACUGCCGCAAGUAACAGGGAACUUAAAAUCUGGGACGUGCGAAAACUUUCGGGACCUUUACAAGAAUACAAACUAAUCACCGCCGCAAACAAUUUAAACUUCUCGCAGAAAAACAUGUUGGCUUUAGGGAUGGGAAACGUGGUUGAGGUUUACAGAGACUGUUGCAUGAAGCCGGCAAAACGGCCGUACCUCCGCCACCGGUUUGUUACCAGUGUCGGCAACUUAAAUUUUUGCCCCUAUGAAGACGUCUUAGGGGUGGCCACAGCCACCAGUGUGGCAAGUCUCAUAGUCCCUGGGGCAGGCGAAGCCAACUUUGAUGCCCUGGAAGCUAACCCGUUCCAGAGCAAAUCGCAAAGACGCGAGGCUGAAGUCAAAUCGCUCCUUGAAAAAAUUCAACCUGAACUUAUAACUCUAGACCCGACUUCAAUAGUUGAAGUGGAUUUGCCGACACUCAAGGAUAAAGUCGAAGCGAAACAAAAAUUGCUCCAUGUCAAGCCGCCUAGGAUUAAUUUCACGCCACGGAAUAAAGCGAAAGGCAAAGGCGGCUCUGUGAAAGUCGCCAAGACUAAGAAAAUUGUUAAAGAACAGGCCAAGAAGGAGUUUAUCAAAAAUACGAAAGACUUGGUCCCAAAGUUUGGCUCCAAGGGGGAAAAGGAGCAAGGAGUGUUAGAUAGGUUUUUGCCAAAAAAAAAACAAAUAAUUGCAAAUAAAUGAAUUUAUUUUGUAAGAA